UUUCAAAUUGUUUAGGUAUAUUUAGGAUAAUGUAGUCGCAAUAUCCGAAUGGUCAGCUUUGCGUACUGACAUUCGAUAGACCAGAGUUCGAGCACUGGUACAGCCAGCAUCUAAAUUUAUAUGGAAUUUAUUUAUCCAACCAACCGGGAGAUAAUCGAAAAAUCCAACAGUGACAGUCCGGACGCCCUGAACCCGAGACUCUUGCCUCUUACACUAAACAGCAAAGGAUUUGCUCAUCAGCUGCUAUAAAUUACAUAGGAAAAAGGAAAAGGAAUCUACCUAAUUAUUCAAGGCGCUCACACAUUUCGUUUUCUUAAUUGGUAUUGCAGCACUUGCAUACAUAUGUACACAUAAAAGCGAAUAUGUUCCGUCGUCUGAUCUGUAAACCUCUGACUCUUCCACGCCAGUCUUCACCCUCGAAUUUGGUAAUGUUGCGUUGGUUGCAUCAUGCUGGACAUCACGCGCCUUACGCGGCAAUAAGUGGUAAAAAUCUUAAGGAAAUCGAAAAAUUAAUACAAGAAGAAACAAAAAUCUCACGUGACCAUUUAACACCAGAAAUAGCGCUUCAUCUUAUCACACCGCAGUGUCGACUCUUUCAUGAGCCCGUUCCUGCAUUUAAUACUAAGAAGUUGUUCAAAGAAGAUCCCUUUUGGGCGUUCUAUUGGCCUGGUGGACAGGCCAUCAGUCGUUUCAUACUCGACAAUCCAUCUUUGGUCGCAGGCAAGUCGGUGCUAGAUGUGGGCAGCGGUUGCGGCGCAAGUACCGUUGCUGCGCUGAUGCAUAAUACCAAAUAUGUGGUGGCAAAUGAUAUUGACGAAGCUGCUGGCUGUGCUACUCUGCUGAACGCUCAACUAAAUGGGGUGGAUCUCAAACGACUGCAUAUUUGUACAGAAAAUUUAAUCACAAAUCAAGCAAUACGAACAACGGUGAUAAAAGAGGACUUGAUAUUGUUAGGCGAUGUUUUCUAUGAUGAAGAAUUUGAGGCAAUCUUACAACCAUGGCUGAAAAGCCUACACAAAGCUGGCAAACAAGUACUCGUCGGUGAUCCAGGUAGGCAUGGUUUGACAGCGGAACGACGGCAGGAGAUGAGACGUUUGGCUAAAUAUGAAUUGACCGAAAGUGGUUGUAUAGAGAAUAAUGGAUUUCGUUUUGUUAAUGUUUGGGAGUUGCGGAGUUGAUAA